AUGUCUCAUUACGAUACUUUGGGUGUUUCGCCUACAUGCACAGAUCAAGAACUGAAGAAGGCAUAUAGGAAACUGGCGCUUAGGUUUCAUCCCGAUAAAAAUCCAUCAAAGGAAGCAGAGGAUAACUUUAAAAGGAUAAACGAUGCAUAUGGAAUAUUGAGUGACCCUAAAAAGAGGAAGGAGUACGACCAGUCGUUAAAACCAAAAAUCAAUGGGUUUUCCACCUUUGCUGAUGGGUUUGGCAAUGGUUUUUCAUUCAAUACCAAUGAUAUAUUUUCUACAUUCAUGCAUGCCAACAGCCCGUUUGAAAACUACAAGCGUAGUACAUUCAAUGCAGGAUCUCAACGUGAGGCUUAUGAGCGGGCACGAGCUCAACAUUAUGAGGCCAAGAGCCGUCAAGAAAGGGCAAGGAGUACCGAAAAUGAGGAGAAAAUGAGAAGACAGCGUGAAAAUGAGGAAAACAGAAGGCGACAAGAGAAUGAGUUACGUAGAAGGAAGGAAGAGUUGAGGAGGAGGGAACUCAGAGAACAAAAAGCCCGUGAACGUGAAGCUGAAUUGGCUAGGCGCAGAGCCCAAGAAAUUGAAGCCGAAGCUAGGAGGAAACUGCAAGAAGAACGUUUGAAAAACAGCAAAUAUAGUCAUGACGGCACCAAGAACAGUAAUUAUAGUGGCAUGGAUACUCAUAACAAUAAUAAUGAUCAAAAUGGUAGUAAAAGGAACGAUAAAGAUAGUGGUGGUGUAUGUGAUGAUCGAGCAAAUGGGCCAAACAGGUUUGCCUUUAGGGAUCCUACGGAUGACGGGAUGCCUGAUAUAGUAGACAAUGAUUCUUUUAUGCAGGGUGCACAGGAGGUCAAAGAAUGGAUGAACAAGAGAACGUGGGACGACGUUGGAGGAUUCAAGCCUGUAGACACUGUUGAAUCGCAGAGUCCCUCUCCAUCUCCCCAGCUGAAUGGAGAUGCCGAUGAAGCAAAUAAUGGAUAUUCCAACGGCGAAGAAGAAAAAGAAGAAGAAAAAGAAGAAGGAGAAGAAGAAGGAGAAGAAGAAGAAGAAGGAGAAGAAGAAGGAGAAGAAGAAGGAGAAGAAGAAGAAGGAGAAGAAGAAGAAGAAGUAGAACCUGAAGACGAAACAUCAGCAAGCGAGGGUGACUCCGAUGCCAAUCUAUACUCUGAUGAAGGCCCUUCACUGGAUACUGGGGGGACCAAAGAUGAUCCAAUUAUAAUCGACUUGGACGACGAGAGUCUUUUGGAGAGUGACGGCGAGAAUCAAGUAAAGCAUGAUUCCAACAUUGAGAAUAUCAUACUUGACGAACCAAGUGCCACAGAUACAGAGCAUGAGCGUGACUUUGAAACCCCAUUAGGGUCACCGAAGCGGCGGAAGUUAAGUCCUUCUCGAGAACCACGACUGCAAACCCCAAAGAGAAAGACCAGUGUCUCUACAAUACGUAACAAUGGAUCCAAAAAGCCAAGGAAGAUCACAUUUCUUGACCAACUCUCCGAUCUCACUCGCCAGGAAAAUUUGAUCUACAACCAAAUAAAACAGACAACACUAGACCCACCUCUCACGACACUACCGGACUUACUCCAAUGGAAGAUGGCAACAGAGGAAGUCUUGGAUCAACAUAGCCAAUUUGUAAAAAGUAUCCAAAUACUGAUAAGGGAAGAAAUUACACGGAAACAACAUGCGCCACAUGCAUCACAUGACCAUGCGGUUUGUGUCUUAGCUGAAGCAGUGGCGCAUGAACAUGAAUUGAUAAAUUUCCGAGGCGUCCUCAUUUCUAUUUUCCUCUCCACCCUGGAGAAGUGGCAAGCACACUGA